AUGCUUUUCUUUCAGGUUUUCAAGGACUCGCCAAUAGGACAUGGAUCGGACUUUUCGCACAAAGAAAGACGAGUUGUUUUACGAAGGGACGGAAAUGAAAUGAAGCUGCUGCAAGAGCAGAUGUUACAACUGCAACAUCAAAUAAAUCAGCUCUUGCAACAGCAACAGCAAAUGAUACAGCCGUUUUACAGCAGCAGCAGCAGAACCAGCAGCAUCAACAGUAGCAGGAAAUUAAUGUUGGCCAUUUUUAAGGAUUUACAUUGUAAACGACGUAAACAAUGACUGCGUUCCGGCAAGACACUGCUACUGUAGCGCUACAGUCUUAUGCGCGGGCUGCACCGAACCGACAGGUCGAAUACAUGGCAGAUCCCGUGCCGGUUGGUAUCGCCAACGAGCAUGGUUAACAAAAUACAGUUGGAGAGGAGGAAAAAAGAGAGGGAGUACAGUAUGAGAGAGGAAGAGGACAAGGGGAAGACCUUCCAAAGGAAUUACAAGGCGCUUUUUCUCUACGGAGCGUUCCCGAACGGUUUACAUUUAAUUCUCCUCUUAACUUCCGAACCUGGCCAUGUGUGACCCUUUACAUACUAUUUCCCCCAUUCCUUCUCGCAUGCCCUCAAUCCUCCCUUUCCCCAUCCUCAAUCUCUACUUCCUUUUAUUCCGGCCCUCCUCUCCGACUUUUCCUCCUCCAGUCUCCUCUGCCAUUUUCAUCCACCUCUUCUCCUCUAGUUUCCUCUUUCAGUUCUUGUCUCGGUGGGCCUCUUCUCCUCUCCUUUUUUCUCUUUGUCUCCAUUCGCUCUCUCUCUACCGUUCAGUCUCCAUUCCACUCAAACCUUCUCUCUUCUCUGCGUCUCCUCCCUCAGCAUCCCUCUGUCCCCUCCUAAGAAUACAAAUCAUUAUUUUCCUCCUCCAAUCGUCUUCCCCAUUCCUCCCCCACCUUAGCUCCUUCCCCCUUUUACCUCUCCCGCUCCUAUUUCUCACUUCUUUUUUUUUCUUGUUCCACACUCAUUCCAACCCGUCCACCCACAUACUUUUAUUUCCCACAAAUACCUUCUUUCCCCUACUUCUCUCCUCACUUGCCCUUUCCAGCAUUCUUCAGCUGAUCUUUCUUUCCUCCAUUGACAAAUCUUCGUCUAUCCUCACUUCCCAACGCCUCUUAAUAUCCGCCUUCCUUUCCAACAACCAUUUUUUAUCGUUCUCCCGCAUCAUCUCCGUUAUCACCACUAUCCCUCCUUCCCCCACUCUUUCUAUUAUCCUCUACCUCCAUUUCCCUCCCUAACUCCCUUUUCAUAAUACCCUUAAUUACCGCUCUUCUCUCUAUCACCCUAUUCCCUUCCACGCCCCUCCAUAUUAUGUUUCUCCUCAUUACCUCCCUCAUCCUUCUUUCCCUCUCCGCCAAUCUCACCCUUUCCCAACCUUCUUUCUCUGCACUCUCCUUCAUUCUCUUCUCCAUUUCCCUUUCUACCCUCCUCCAUGCUUCCAGUCCCGUCCCCCCUUUUCUCCGUUAUCCCUUUUCCCGUCUCCAUCCUCCUCCGCUGCUUCCCUCGUGCUCCUCCUUUCCUCCUUGCCGUCUCCUCCUGCCUGUCGUUCCUCUUCCCCCCUCCUUCUUGGUUGCUUCUUUUCUUCUCGCUCCUCGCCUCUUCCUCCCGCUUCUUUUCCUCCUCCAUCUUUCCACCCUCCUCCUCACUUCCCUUCACUUCCUGCCACCAAUCUACCUCGCUUUUGCCUUUCCGUCUCUUCUCUUCUUCACCCCUCUCCACUCUUCCCUUCUUGUCUUUGUUACCCCCAUCUUCCCUUCUCCCUUGUCUCCCUUCGGUUUCUCAUCUCCUUUCCCUCUGCACCCUUCUCGGUCGUUCUGCCAGCUCCUCUUCUCCUUCGACUCUCUCUCUUUCUCCUCUUCCCGUCUCACUUCUUCUUCCUUUAGUGCUUGCAGCCUCACUUUCAAACACCUCAAUCUCUCCCUAACUUCCUUUAGCCCUCUCCUCAUCUUCGCCCUCAAUCUCCUCAUCUCUCUUCCAAUUUCUUCCAUCUUCUCUCCCCACACUUCCUUCCCUCUUCUCUCCAUUAUUUUCUCUCACUCUGUUCCAAAUACUUUUUCUCCCUCUUUAUUUUCACUCAGAUUCCUUCCUUGCUUCAAUUACUUUCUUUUCACCACUGCCUCUUUGUCUACUAUCACAUAUCUCCGACGGACCACAUGUUGCGGGACUCAGCAUUCCCAAACUCGCUACCGUCUUGUCCUAUCACUCCUGCCAACCUUGUUUAUAUCUUCCUAAGCGUCCUGCCAGGUGCUCCACCAAACCUCUGCUGCCCCACUCUUCCUCUAGAUGGUGCCACUCCUUAACCGCGUCAUCUCACCAUGCUCUCCAACCACUUUCCUUCUUUCUCCAUCUCCCUUCUAUCCACAUUCUCAUUUUUCCUCCUGGCGCCCUCUCCCUGUCCUCUUCCCAUCCAUCAUCUCCGGACUCCAUUCUCUCUCUUGCUUCCGAAACUCUCCAACGCUUCCUCUCUUAUUUUUUUCCUCCUCUGUCCUCUUUUAAUUUCCCUCCAAUUGUCCGGUCACUCUCCGACCUCCUCUUCCCGAAUUUCCAUCUAACACCUUUCACUUUCCUCUCCUUCACCAAAUCACCACCUAUCACUCCGGAGCAUUCCAAAUCACAAACACUCCUAUCCAUGUCAUCUCUAUUUUUUUUUAUAAACAUUAUAUAUACAGGGUGUUACAAAAGCAUCGGAUUCGCUUAGCACCAUGCGAUAGAGAAUGAAAAUCUAAGAAGAAAUGUCUAAUACUAUUUUUCAAUACGGUAAA